GGCAGGGUAUUGUGGGCGAAAUAAAUUUCUCUGUUUAAUUGUUAGUACUCCAUGCAAUUCAAAAUUCAGCAAGGCAUGAAGCUUUAUAUUUAUACAGUCGAUACUGGGUAAAUAUUCUGACAGUUUUCAACACUUUGCAGUUGGAAUAUUAGCCAAACAGAUCGUUAGAUCUUGCUCGCCCGAGCGUAUAACUGACUGAUAUAUAUUACAAAGAAAACCUUUGCUGUCUUUCAUGACAGUGUAUUGGAUUUUAAUCAAUAAUCAAAGAAUAUCUGUCACGAAUUUUCUUGGGUCAUGAAUUCGUGUCAGUAUUAUAGCUAGCGUGUAACUCUUCUAUAGAAAGUGGGAUUUUUUCGUGAUAUUGCGGAUUUCCGUGCAGUGUAACAUAUUCAUUUUACACGGAACAUCUAUGUAACGUAAGAAACUGAGAAAAAAAUGUCGGCAAAACGUAGCGCAAGCCGGGUCUCGGAAUCAGGUGCACAGCAACAGAAACGGGCGCAAUGGAGCAACCAGGCGUACACAGUUGGCGAUCUCCUUGACCAGUUCAGUCUACCACAGAUUGUCAAGUGCAAUCCUCAGGCGAUAAUGAUCAAGAGGGAUUCACCGUUACCGGUCAACCUUGGACAGCCUAUACUGUUGUUCGACUCCCGAACCGUGCGGAAACUGUUAGCUCGGAACGUCAUAGCGGACCCACUGAGCGGGAAAUUCACAGAAAAUGACGACACAGUGGUGAUACCAAAAGAUUAUGAGGGUGCUUUCUUGAGGCUACGAUCAAGGACAUCCAAAGAUCACACAACUCACAAGUCCAUAGACUCCCUGGCACAGAAUAGCAUCAGAGCGUUUCUAAAUCUCACCAAACUUGCUGCUUUCCGGAUCAUCAACAGUCCGAAUGGAAUGGGUGACUAUCCUCGAGUUGACUAUCUCCCUGGCAAUGUGUUUGUUAUUGACAAUGUCUUCGCCGGAAGUGCAAAAGUGAAGCAAGAUGGGAAAAUUCUUCAUCAUAAAAAUAGCACAACGCAGCAGACGAACUAUUUGAAAUGCCGAGACGACAAAGAUAACAAUAUUGUCAUUCCCGUGUCUCAAGGUGGAGAAUUCGUUGAAAUUUUACCCAAUGACUUAAACGGAAAUGGAAGAAUGUCUGUGAGCAGCGAAGACUUGAUCGAAAAACAGAAAUUCCCCAUCAUAGUUAGGUAUAUUCGUGGAAGAUUCAAACCGAGGCUCACGACAUUCACUGGAUUAUUCACUCUACUCGAUUCUUACGAAGAAACCACCAUAUUAGGAUGUGUUCUGGACAAAAAUGGCUACACGUUGAUGGAACUUCCGUUAAGUUCACCCCUCACCUUUCAUCUCGCUCUGAACUUCUCGGAACUCCAGCCGCAUCCGGUUGUGAAAAACGGCCUCCGGCUCUGCGAAACAACAGGUCACAAUUUCAUGCGUGAUUUAAAAUUCAAAUUCAAGUUUGCUCAACGAUUCCUUCAAGUUGGUGGUAAAAAGGUUCCACUUGACGACGGGGAUGAUCCAGGAGAGUCCCCUAGUGCCAGAAACACAGGACAGUUUGGUGUGACAGCAACUUAUAUCUAUAUCUGAUAUUCUACAUGUACGACAAUCUUAAGCUACCUUGAGAAUAUUUGAAAUAGCUCUACGCAAGUAAAAAACAGUAUUUUAGUCAGAUCUAGUUAACGAGAAAUUGACAUUUAUGUUAACAGUAACGUAUAUACACAAUAAAAUACAUAUCCUAUUACAAUAUUCGGUGGGUUUGAACGGGACCGAUUAUCUAAUUUCCGAGAUUUUGGCGAUAACAGUGUUCUAUGAAGUGUAAUUAAUUUUCUUUUGCAAUAAUUAUAACCGGUAUGAUUUUUGCCAUAUCUCAGACAUAUAAUAGUCCAUGAUUUAUUUGUCAUAUUUAACUAUCACAUUUCAGUACUUUUAUAUUUUGAAAACAUUUGCAAUAGGUUUUUCCUUAUGAACAGUCAGUCAGUGAUACGUUACAUAAUUAACACUCCUGUUUUCAAAAGAAGCAAAAUGCAUCUAAAUAGAUAGAACAACAAGAGAAGCAUAGAGGAUAGGAUGACAUAAAACUAAAUUAACUCUGCUCAGUAUUUGCACAGAUAUGUAAAAUGUCUCACAUGUUUCUUUUUUGUCACAUGCAGUUAACGUGGGACUUUAUCACUUCAUCCAAUAAACCUAUCUCUAAUCUUACAUAAAAAGGUAUUUUAGCAGGAGUUGCAUCUUCAAUAUUCUUGUGCAUUUGCCUUUUAUUGGUCUCUUCAGUCUGCUUUUGGUGAAAAUAAACCUUGUACAAAGUUUUUACAGAGUUCAUAUCACAGAAUACUGUGGAGUUAUUAAUAUUCAUGUGGAGGGGGCGGAGGUAGAAUGUGGAGGAGGGGCCAAAUUUCCAUAUAUGGAUUAAGUGGCUGCGUCAGUCCUCGAAGUUAAAUCCCUAAGAAAAAGAUGAAGUUCCUGUAUUUAUUUUCCGCAGUUGAAAUACACGAAUUUAUAUUUAUAUGUCACGAAAAUCCGUGGCCACGAAAUUCAGUUAUUUCACAGUAUUGUAUUUCUGUUACCAUAAAAUUACAGUCUGUUACAUGACUCUAAAUAUAAGAUAGAAAUUUAUUUCAGAUAUCGUGGAAUAAAACACUUUUUGAAUGGGUUUCCAGUCAAUACUUUUGGCCCUCGAUCUUUUGGACCUCGGGCAAUAAUGUUAACUGUAUACCGGCCUCAAGCCGUUCAUGUACGGUAUAGAUUCUACGCAUGAAAGGACAAUAUUUAUCCAACACAAUUGUGUAUGAAUUAAGUUUCCCUUUCGGAUUGAUCAAUUAAGCAAAACAUAACAUCAGAUAUUUGAGAGUGUCUGGGUGUUCUUUACAAAAUACUAACUAGACUGAAGUUCCUAUUCAACAUGUCUUGUUAUAUAUUGUUAAAAUUUAUUGUAGCAAAAUUGUUGAAAAAUGAAUUUAAUGGAUAUAUAGGCGAAUUUUAGAUGUAUUGAUGUACAACAUACCUAUAUGAUUUUUGAUUUUGUCCUAGGAUAUCAAAGACGUUAUAUAUUUGUUAUGUACAUAAAAAUUAUGUUUUGAAGUAACUACGAUUGAACAGACUGAAAGUUUUUCAUGCGUGUAUGACAGGGACUUUUGUGGGUGCAUGUGGUGCGUUAUAAACUUGCAUGCUGGGAAUGUUGUGGUAGAAUAUGUUGACUCUGUGACUAAAUACAAUAUGAUACAUGUAUACACACUUUUGUGUUGUGUAUGAGCGUGUGGAAUUGUGAAUGCAAUAAAGUAUAAUCAUUUUUAUGGAAUGUCCCACGUUUAUCAGGGAUUUUUAUCAACGCUAUGGACACACCUGUGCAUACUUAACUGAACAAUACAAGACGUGCGGAUAUAAACGUUAAUUGAUCUGAACAUUGUGGAUAUAGCCUAUGCUAAAUAUCAGGCUUUGUGGAUAUGUUACAUGCUGUUUUUUUAAGAAACUUGCGAAUACAAUUGUCAAAUAUGAUAUACAUUUUAGAUAUAUUAUUAUGUUAGAUAUAUAUUAAUUAAGUUUGCAGGUAUGAAUGUUGAAUAUGACGAGCGUUGUGGGUAUAUGACAUAUUGUAUUGUAUGUUACGAACAUUGUUGAUAUAUAUGUUGAAUAUGACGAACGGCUGAAUAUGAUGAACGUUGUGGAUAUACAAAUGUGAUAAUGUUGAUCGCGACGAACGGUAAGAAAAAUAAAUGCUUAAUAUGACGAAAUUUAUUUAUGUUGAAUAGGACGAAUGAUGCGGAUAUGCAUGAUAAGUAUUUUGAAAUGUGUGGAGAUAAAUGCUCAGUUAUUUUGGAUCAAAGGAGUAUGUAGUAAUAGUGUAAAGAAACUUCGUGGGUGUAAUAACAUGAUAAAAUGCGAACUUCAAUGCGGAAAUAUACAAAUGUAAAAUUCUUUUAUCUCAUGCCACUCUUAAAACGACGUCAACGUCGAAGUGAUAUUACAUUUAAAUAUUGCAUGGCGUUAUUGCACUCGCGUGACGUCAAACAUGUGAUAUUAAAUAUGUGUAUUGUAAAUGCGUUAGCAACAGUAAGAAUAUGUUUUAAAGUUGAAUGAUAUUCACGCAACAAAUACAAAUAUACCAUAAAUGUAUGUAUAAUUGUUACAUGUUAAAGAUCUGGUUAAUCAGAACUGUUAUACCAUUUGUAAUACAUGUAAGUACAUGUAGUUUCAUAUAAUUAAAAAGACAAGUAAACAGUUA